AUGAAAAAAAAGAAAGCAUUGCCUUCUUUACUAUAUCUUGUAUUUAUCGUACUUUUGCCCUGGGGGGCCUCUUUCUCAGUUAACAAAUGUCUGGAACUUUGGAUUAAGAAUUGGUGGAAUACCAGACAAUCUGAAACUCUCUUAACUGAUAUUCAAGAGAAAAGGAUUCUAGAAAGAUUCAUAGAAUUAGAAGAACUUUCUCUCUUGGACGAGAUGAUAAAAGAGAAACCAAAGACACAUGUACAAAAACCUCCUAUAGGAAUACACAAGGAAAUAAUACAAUGGGUCAAAAUAGAUAAUGAAGAUCAUCUCCAUAUCAUUUUGCAUUUCUCGACAAAUAUAAUCUGUUUGGCUAUUCUAAGUAGUUCUUUUUUUUUUGGUAAAGAGGAACUUGUCAUUUGGAAUUCUUGGGUUCAGGAAUUCUUCCAUAACUUAAAUGACUCAAUAAAAGCUUUUUUUAUCCUUUUGGUUACUGAUUUUUUUGUUGGAUUUCACUCCACCCGGGGUUGGGAACUAGUAAUUCGUUGGGUCUACAACGAUCUUGGAUGGGCUCCUAACGAGCUAAUUUUUACUAUUUUUGUUUGUAGUUUUCCAGUAAUUCUAGAUACAUGUUUGAAAUUUUGGGUCUUUUUUUGUUUAAACCGUCUAUCCCCUUCGCUUGUAGUCAUUUAUCAUUCAAUUAGUGAAGCAUAA